AUGACUUCGGUAAUCAGCUCUUUGCGCAAGCAAAUUGCGUCAUGCGAAGUCACACUACAGGAUCUACGUCAACAGCUGGCGGAAGCUGAGCACAACCAACGCGAAACAGCUAAAGUUGUGCCCCAGAAAAGACCGCUAGCUACUGACCCAACCAACCCCCUGGAUCAUGAUAUGAACUUUGGAGUACCUGAUCAAUUCCGUGAAGAGGUUUUCGCAAUCCUAGACCAAGAGCAAAAGGCGCCGCAACAUAGCGUGUCUGAGGUAUCUGAGGAAAGGUCAAGAUGGCCACUUCAGAAGAAUGAAUACAAGAGAUAUGGCAGGCAGCUGAUCAUGCCAGAGAUUGGACUGAAAGGUCAGCUUCGCUUAAGAGAUGCUCGUGUACUCAUCGUAGGCGUGGGUGGUCUCGGCUGCCCUGCUGCUGCAUAUCUAGUUGGGGCAGGCGUCGGUAUUGUAGGACUAGUUGAUGGUGACGUGGUUGAAGAAUCGAAUUUGCACCGUCAGAUCCUACACUCAACUGCGAGAAUCGGAAUGACCAAGGUUGAGAGUGCGAUGGUGGCUCUGAAAUCGCUCAAUCCCAACGUCACAUUGGUUCCUCAUGUGUCUCGACUCAGUCCAGAGACUGCCAUCUCAACCUUCAAGAAAUACGAUUUGGUCCUGGAUUGCACAGACACACCCGCGUCGCGCUAUCUGAUAUCCGAUACAUGUGUUCUAUUAGGCAAGACUCUUGUUUCUGCAUCAGCGCUCCGCAUCGACGGUCAGAUGAUGGUGUUGAAUAACCCACCACUGCCGCCUGGCGACCCGAAUGGAGGCCCAUGUUAUCGCUGCGUCUUUCCAAAACCUCCUCCACCUGAGUCUGUCGUAUCAUGUGGCGAUGGUGGUAUUCUAGGACCCGUCGUCGGCGUGAUGGGGGUUUUACAAGCACUGGAAGCGAUCAAGGUUCUGACCCAGAGACCUACUACGACGCCUGUAGAUCCACCAAGCCUGCUCCUAUUUUCAGCCUAUUCACAUCCUAUGUACCGCUCCAUACGUCUUAGGAGUCGAAAAGCCAAAUGCACUGCUUGCUCAUCACUUUCAACGAUUACUAAAGAAGCAUUAGAGUCUGGAAGUUUGGACUACGUUCAAUUCUGUGGCAGUCUAGUUGCGAACAACAGUCCUUUGGCCCCAGAAGAACGCAUAUCUGCAAAGAACUACGCGCAAAUACGAUCGGGUGUCAACCCUUUUACGGGUACGGUAUCGAAGAAAGACAGUCACUUCCUUGUCGACGUACGCGAGAAAGUGCAAUUCGAGUUGUGCAAUAUCGAUGGUAGUAUAAACGUACCCUUCUCCACAAUUUCAGCUACGAGGGGACCUGAUUUCGCUAUUGAAGAAGCGAUCUGGACCAAAAUGUUACGGCAGUCAGAAAAGCCUAUAUUUGUGGUGUGUCGACUGGGCAAUGAUUCACAGGUCACUGUCAAGAAGAUGAAGCAGCUAGGGCUCGACGCAGGAGGCAAGAGAUAUAUUGGGGAUAUCAAAGGAGGUCUGGAAGCCUGGAGAAGUACUGUUGACGCUGAUUUUCCGGAUUACUAA